AUGAGCGGACCGCGUGGAUCGGGUGGAGGAUAUUACAAAUACCGGUGUAAGUACUGGUUAAUUUAUAACUGCGGCAAUUGGGUAUGGGUGAAUAACGAACCGUGUGCGAAUUGUUUGGCAAUUGGAAGAGACGAAACAGUCAUUUCACCAUCCCAGUACCAAAUGUCAAGGGAUGUGUUUGUACCACAAUUCAAAGACGGGAACUUACUCUAUACAAUGACGGAAAUCGUCGCUUUGAGCGACUUUGACAACGGCUGGGUGAUCAAGGAAAGGCAGAGUGCGGAAUUUCCAAAAUCAACGUCACCGACGAUAGAAAAGCUCGAAGUGACCGAAGGCGCUACUGCCCUAAUUUACAAAGAGCCAGUAGCACCGACACAAAAGGAGGGUUAG